CGGCAGACAGACCUCCUUCGUCCUUCCUCCUCGAUCUCUCUCUCCGGCUCUCCCUCCGUUCUCGAUCUCUCAGACUCUCACUGAGCCACACCAGCGGCAGCCACCUUCCUUCCGCCUCGAUCUCUCUCUCCGGCUCUCCCUCCGUUCUCGAUCUCUCAGACUCUCACUGAGCCACACCAGCGGCAGCCACCGUCCUUCCGCCUCCAUCUCUCACUGAGCCUCUCAGAGUCGCAGUCGCCGCCACCCUCCUUCCUCCUCGAUCUCUCUCUCCCUUCUCGAUAUCUGACUGAGCCACGCCAACGCCAAAAUCUUGCUUCCUCGAUCUCUCAGUAUCCCUUGCCGUCGCCCGCCGAAUCACUAUCUGCCGCCGCCGAGAUUAGAGCAAUUGACGACUCCCUAAGGCACUGAGUAGCUCUGAGAUACUGAAACUAACGCAGCCAUUGGUGGUUACAAUACCAUGGACUUGAAUGAGCUUGAUGAUCUGGACGGACCAAGCCAAGUCCCUUCACGGGCCUCCAAGUUUGCUCCCAAAUCCUCCAAGUUCAAGCCGCUGGCUAAAGCGAAACCGAAACCAGAACCACGAUCGGCCGAGAACUCAAGUUCAAAAUUUGAGCCAAAGGAAUCUGUAUCAGCAGCCAAACGAGAACCUCAAAAUGUUUGGCCCACCAAGAAUGAUGACGAAGAAGAAAUUAAACCUAGAGUGGAUGCUACGCCAAAGAUUGAGCCUUUAACAUCGAACAAUGACGUUGUAAAAAUGGAAAUUGAUGCCAAGGCUGAGGUGAGAGCAGAUUCGAGGCUGGAUGAUCCCAUGGAUGAAGACAAACAAGAAGACGAUGAGGAUGAAGAAGAAGACAUGAUUGUUCGUGAAAUUGAUGUCUUCUUCACCCCCUCCAUAGAUUCUGAUACUCAGCUAUAUGUUAUGCAAUAUCCUUUGAGGCCGUGCUGGAGACCCUAUGAAUUGGAUGAUCGAUGUGAUGAGGUUAGAGUGAAACCACAAAGCGGAGAAGUGGAGGUUGAUUUGUCUAUAGAUGAUUCUACUAACUGGGACGCUGCUCAAGCCAGCAAAUUCAACAUGAAAAAACAGAUAUUGUCAUCUUCUUUUAUGCCCCCACGUGCCACCAGCUAUGCUCUUGGAGUUCUAAUGGGUAACAAGCUAUACCUGAAUCCUAUUCAUGCAGUGGUCCAGCUUCGCCCAUCGUUGGAACAUGUCAACUCCAGUGAUUCAAAGAGGAAGAACGUUGCUGCAUCUACGAGUGAAGUUGGUGUCAAAUUAGAAGAUUCAAAUGAGGGGAAGCCUAUUGGUCCAUCAAAGAAGCAGGUCAAACGGAUGGAGACAACAAGUGAUCAAAUUUCAGCUGCCGAGAGUUGGAUUUCACUCAAGUAUCAUGGCUCCAAGAGUGACUUUUCUUCUAGAUAUCUACAGAAAAUGAUGGUACAAGAAAGUUCUCCAAUGGAGUUCACAAUGAGCCCGUAUGAAUAUAUGAGUUCAUUAUGUCCGCCAACAUCCAACGACAAUACUAAAUCGAAAGGUCCCUUAAGAAGGUCCUUGCUUUCACUGCCACUGGAAGAACGUAUGAAGAAACUGCUUUUAGAGGGGCCUCCAGUUCAACGGUUUAGUGUUCUUAAGCACUAUGCUCCUGAUGACACUAUUGCAGAUGUCUUAACUGUUCUUCAGAAGCAUGGCCAAUUAGUUCAGGGACUUUGGGCUCCAAAGACCUCAUUGCUGUUUCCAGAUUCAAAUACAAAGGAAGUUACUAAACCUCCUGCUAGAGAUUAUGUACUUCUUUUAUUUAGCAAGAACUUGGUGAUCAAGUCUUCGCAGCUCAACUUCCCAGUCAAGCUUAAAGAAGAUAUGAGGAGCUUCCUUAGUAUGUUUGCAGUGGAAAGGCCUUCCUUCAAUGAUUGGAAGUUCAAAGAGCAUAUGGAUGCAAAAUUUAUAAAACUCUACCCAGAAAUUGUUAAAAAGCAAGAAGAAGCUUGGGAAAGCAUAGAGAAAAAGUUAAAUAAUUUUUUUAGUCGAGCUGGAAGAUCAAUUAUGAAGAAUCCUGUACCAAAGCCUAGUGUUGUACCUAAUCCUGUAAAACAGUUGAAUUCUGACAAAAGCACAACCAAAAGCACGAGUGGAAAUAGGGUACUUGCUAAAACUACUAUAACUGUUGAAACUCGAGAAGCUUUACUAAAGGCCCUGCCAAAAGUUCUCCAAACUCACAGGGUUUGCAGCUUUCAGUUGAUUUGCCAAGGUUUACGGGACUUGGCCAUUUCUCAGUCUACUCUUCCAAAGGCAGAUCCUAGAAUUGCUGUAGCUGCAGCAUCUGGUGCUGAUGCUCCUCCGGAGGAGCUUCAAGAAAUCAUAAGCCAAGUUGCAACAAAUAUUCAUGGUUCUUAUGUUUUGAAGUCAUCCCCAGACCAUCCACAAUAUGAUCCUCUGAGGAAAGUAGUGAUUGAUCUCCUAUUGGCAAGGGGCCCUGAUGCAAAGCUUAAGAAAGCUGAAGUAUUUGAAGCAGCCAGGCUUGCUCUUCAAAGGGAUAUUACCAAUAUUGAAUAUACAAAGGUCAUGACUGAUUUUUGUGAAUCCAAAGGUUCUGCAUGGGUCUUGAAGAGUGGGGAUGGAAAGCCCUCAUGAUUUUGUGUUAAAGCAUUCAUUUGAAGGAUGUAGAGAAUUAGUUGGAAGGUAGAGAUGUACAAAGCAAUUAGUUAAUGAUAUUAUAAUUUUCAUGCAAGGAUCUGAUAAUGCAUUCAUAUUUUCAACUUUCUUUUUUAUUUUAAUGACUGUUUCGUAA